AUGAUGAUUUCUUCACCCAACUACAACGAAUUGUGUGAUAUGACUAGGGUUAGGGUUCUUCCUAAAUCAAUUACCCCAUUAUUCCCAAAACAAAAUCGAGACUUAUCAGUGGUUCAUCGAAUCGUUCCCGAUGUUCGCUUCUUGACAACUUUCUUGAUUCGAGAGGGAAUUCAUUUUCUUUUAGCACAAAGUUCCUCCCACCGAAAGAAGAGAAUCUUGCUGCUCUUUCAACAAAUCCAGGAUCUGUCGGGAAUGGAGCAAGUGGUAAUUGACGAUUUCCGAGAACCGUUUCUGAAGAUAAUGGGAGUUGGUUUCAAAGCAAGACCUGAAUCUGAAGGGCGUCUUUUGUUUCUGAAAUUGGGUUACAGUCAUGAUGUGGAAUUGACAGUUCCUCCUGCAGUUCGAGUAUUUUGUUUCAAACCCAAUAUUGUGUGUUGCACUGGAAUUGACAAGGAAAGGGUGUAUCAGUUUGUUGUUGUUGUUCAUAGUUGUAAGCCCCCUGAAGUUUACAAAGGGAAAUGUAUUAUGUAUGUUGAUGAAGUUAUAAAGAAGAAACAGAAAAAGAAAUCAAGAUAGUUUU